CUAAAAUAAAAGUAAACUUAAUACCAUUAGAAUAUUUAUAUUUAAAUAAAAAUACAGUAAUCUUUUAUAAAAAUGAGUCGUAAAGAAGCACUUUCUUCCUUUAUUCAACAAAUCCACGGUCGUCCGGUGGUAGUGAAACUUAACAGCGGCGUCGAUUAUAGAGGAGUUCUUGCAUGUUUGGACGGAUACAUGAACAUAGCAUUGGAGCAAACUGAAGAAUAUGUAAACGGCCAGCUUAAGAACAAAUACGGAGACGCAUUCAUUCGAGGGAACAAUGUCCUUUACAUAAGUACACAGAAAAGAAGAAUAUAGAUGUUUUUUAUUAUAUAAAAAUUAUAAAUAAGUCUUAAUUUAAAAAAAAAGCUGAACUUUGUUAUUUAAAUAAAAUAUGAUGUACAGCA